UAGCCUGUCUGCUAUUGCCAGCCCGAGUACCGCACACCUGCUGCCGGGCAUCUCCUUGUCUUUUGGACCUUGAGCUUGAGCCUCCAAUCUGGAAAUUUGAGUCUGCCAAAUUUGGGCGAGACAGGUCACGCGUGCUGCGUACAUUUUGGGUCUCUGACGUGGUCUUGCAUGAAACCUGCAUCUACAAGACUGCAAAUACAAGACGCACACCUGACCCAGUCUUCUCAUGCGUCUCUCAUGCCGACAUGCUGAGGAACCUAGAGACUAGUUGCUCCACUCCUUGGAUUUACGCUGUAGCCGCUCUGCGUCAGAUUCAACUCAAAAGCCCUGUAGGCUUCAGGCAUUGAGUGAUGACGGUCUCAGAGCGUCCACAGGCGAAUACAUCGCCGAGCCAGGCUUCCAUAGGCAGCGCUUGGAUCAUUGUGUGCUCGGGCACCUAUCUGAUCUAUCUGGCCCUCAAUCGCGAGCAUGCAAAGCUUGAUUUCAAGUUUAUAUUCCUAAGUAGUCGCAAUUGGCACUUGCAAGUUGCAAAGUCGCAAUCAAGGCCUAGAGCUGAUCGACGCCAGCAUUAGUUUUUGCAUAACAUCACUAGACUCUGCAACAGCGAAGCUCUAGCUUCAGGUACAAGUGCAAGCAUAGCGGACUAGCCCUGGGCUCUGGUAUGCUUAAGCUUGUACGUUGGCGUCUCUAGAAGAACUUA